UUACAAGCUUACGAAAACUAAUAAUGAGCUCGAACAGAUGGUCGUCUUUUGAUGAAGAUUCGGUUCAGUAUUUCCCAACGACAAUUCAAUAUCUUGAUGUUAGUCAAAAUUUAAUGCUUUUGGGGAAGUAUUUGAUAGAAAUAUUCUCUGGAAAAUAUUUAUGGAAUGUAAAAUUCGUCAACAUUUCAUCUCAAAAUAAUAAAUACGGAAUAAAACCAUUAAUCUUCAGCCGGGCAUUCUUCGUCCAAAAUAAGUUACAGAAGCGUGCAAAUCUGACAAAUAACACGAGCAAGCCGUGCGCAAAUUGUUUGGGGGCUGCCUUUUCUGUCAGAGUACCGUUACCGCAGCAGAUUGAAGUAUUAGACAUAAGUCAACUUGACUUGGAUAUUCACGUUCUCAGAUUGUGUAUAUGUGAGCCAAACAGUCUAAGAGAGUUUUACAUGCAGCAAAACAAAUUCAGAAUAAUUAAUGGUCCGUUGUUGGGUAUGGAACAUGUGCAGAUACUUGAUUUGUCAAACAACAAUUGCAAUGAUUUAGUUCAUGAUGCGUUUCAUUUUCUUCCAAAUUUAAAACGUUUGUUUUUGUCGGGAAACUUGCUAGAUUAUUCAUUGGGGCGUGACAAAGCUGGUAUAACUUUUCAGAACUUGAGUCUGCUAAAUGAACUUGACCUCUCAUUUAACAGAUUGCGUUACCUUCCAUCUGAAAUAUUCAAGGGUUUGACAGGUUUGGAAAUUUUGAAAUUGGACAAUAACAAUAUAAAGACAUUUGCAGUUAAUAUGCAGAUGAUGACACGCCUGAAUAUUUUAAUCCUAAAUAACAACAAAUUGAGAUACAUCCCGCAACUUCAAAUGAAACAGAUCGACAAAAUCAUACAAAGUAGAUCGCUGCAAAUAAACUUGGCGAAUAAUAAUUUCAAAUGCAAUUGUACUGACAUUGAGUUUGUACGAUGGAUUCAGGAAAGAAAUCUGAACCUUUUGGAUGUUGAGACCUACCAUUGUACAUACAUAGACGACAUUACUAAAAAUCUUACCGGUAAAAGCCUCGUGCACGAUCUAGAAAAAGAAUGUGCAAGCUACACCCUCAUCAUAGUCGUGGCAUCAAUUCUCGUGUCAGCGUUUCUGAGCAUUUUGACUGGCGGCAUCAUAUAUCGGUACCGUUGGCACUUGCGAUAUUUGUAUUAUUCCUCGAAGUUUCGUAUGAAGGGGUACAUGCCGGUAGACACUGAUGAGGAUAGGUUUAGAUAUGACGUAUUUGUUUCAUACAGUGACCAAGAAAGAAAUUUUGUCAUUGUUGAUCUAUUGCAUGAGUUAGAGGAAUCACGGUCUUUGAAAUUAUGCAUCCACGAGCGAGAUUUCUUUCUCGGUGGCAUGGUGACUGAAAAUAUCGUCUAUGCCAUAAACAACUCUAGAAUCACUCUGGUUCUUCUUUCAAGAGGGUUCAUGGAAAGCCACUGGUGCAGAUACGAGUUGAACAUGGCCAGGAUGGAGGCGAUCAAGACUGGAAGAGAUGUCCUGUGUAUCGUGAAGAUGGAAGAAAUCAUGCAUGACAACCUGCCGCUGGAAGUGAUUGACGUCAUAAGGAAUCAUACGUACAUUCAACUUCCGGAGGAGAGAGAACACAUGACCUUGUUUUGGGACAGGCUGCAUACAGCACUUUCCGAAUAAAAUAUACGUACCUCCUUUACUGAAAACAACAAUUGUUAGGCCUAAUAUGUAUUUCCUCAAUAAAGCCCAAAUAAUUUA